CCCAACCCAACCCUUCCAAAAGAGAUUGGUGGCCCAUUGAACGAAACUGGUCUCAAACUCGACGACAUGUCGUUCCGACUCCCUAGUUUCAGACUUUUGGCGAUGAACGAACCACGUGACUGAGGUCUGAGAGGUCAAAAUCCCGACGCCGAUACUUCCUCAGGCAGAGGGUUUCGUUCGUUUCUCAACCGCCGAGCAAGAAAAAAGAAGCUUGAAAGCAUAUCAAGGUCGAAAGCACUGGAAGACAUGGUGGCGAUCUCGCUUUACAGGGGGAAUCUCCACCGGGUCCCCGACGCCCCUCGUCGAUGGCUAAUGCCCACCCGCAGCCUCUCCCUCAGGGACUUCAAAUCCCUCCUCAACCGUCGCUCCAGGGCUCUUUCUCACCUCCGCCCCUCCUCCGCCGCCGUCGUUGUCCCAGUCGGUACUACCUCUAACCCUAACCCUGACCUUACCAAGCUCGAUUCCAAGGAAGUCGGGGAUCCUCCUACGCCUCAAUUGAGGGAGAUAAAAGCUGUUGAUGACGAUAAUCAUCGCUGCGAUGAGGAAGAAGGGGCUCCCGGCAGGGCUGGAGGAGAAGGUGCUGAAGCGGACCGGCGGUUGUUGAACGGUGGAGAUUGCUCGAUGAAGCUGGAGGAUGCGGCUGUUGAGAAUCCUGAAGCAGUUGAGAAAGGUGGAGUUGAGGUUGUUAAUGGUGAUGGAGUUGUGCAGGCUUUGCUCGCCGUGAAGGUGGAGGAAUCGGCUGAACCUAGUGCUGAGGGAAAAGACGAACCUGAGCUGUCCGACGAAAAAGCAAAAAGGAAAAAAGAGGUCGAGGAGAAGUUGGAAGUUUUGAAUGCAAAGAAGCAUAAUCUAGUGCAACUUCUAAAGCAGUUACUAAAUGCUGAGGAAGAGUUGAAGAGGCGAAGCACUAUGCAAACAAUGACAACUCGUCCAUCUGGUUCGCUUCAGGUAGAUGUCACAAAUGAUUCUGGGUCAUUGACCAGACACCUCACUCCUAGGAUGGGGUCUGAGGUUAAUCUUGGGGCAGAUAUGGAAGGAGCUGAAAAUGAAGAUGUUUCGAAUCAAAACGUUCAUUCUCGUCAUUUACAAAGAAUGAGCAGUACUUCUCCAUCUUCAGAGUCUCCCCUUAGAAGACCUCCCUACAAUGUGGUAAAGGUUCCGCCCCUCCCAUCUCGAACAAGUUUGGGAGCCAGCCCAUCGCGGUUUGCACCAACAGGGCAACAACAUCAUCCGGCAAACCCACCACCCACAGUAUCCAUAUCUGGAACGAAUUACGCACCGUCUUCUCCUUCCCCUGCAGCAUCUGGUGGCACCUCAGCAUUUCGGGAUGCUCGCCAACCUAGCCCAUGGAACUAGAUCUAUCUCGACAUCUUAUCUCUGUAUGGAUGAUGAAGUGCUGGAAUUCUGAAAGUUUAGCAGUCAUCCAAGCACACUACCAUGGUUCAUCCUCCUUGGCUGAUUCUCAUCCUGUAGCUCUAGAACUUGUGGCAGACUAAAGGAUAUCCAACCAUCUUCAGUGCUGUAUAUUUGUAGUCUGCAACUCCCAUUUGAGUGUAUUUGUGCACCUUAUUUGUAGCUAGUUAUGAUAGGUAAUAGUCGUCUCUGGUUGCUCCUCUAAACAGAGCAUUGAUGAGAGAUGUACACUCUCUUGUUGUUCGUUGAUGAACUAUCACUGCGGUGGGUUAACAUGCUUGUGCAAUCAAAGUGUUGCCAGUUCAGUCUUUCUUACUGCCCCAUAAAUUGAAUCUUCUUCCACGGGUUUAACCAUCAUUACCUCACGGCCACUCAAGUCCUCUGGCCACCUGAGAUAGCCAGCUAAACGACUUCUGGCCACCCGCCCUUUUCAUCAAUAGGACAUCCCUUUUCAGUCAGACCUGUCGCUGGCUAUACACUCCAGCGUCGAGUCCCAUCCAUAGUGUGACAAAAGCUCACUACGGACGGGUGGGCCAGGAUCUCCGCCUACGGGGCCCACAUGGAGAUGAGAAGCCCGAGAUCCUGUGUUCUGGAGAAGAAUCCAUCAGGAUAAUUCCUGUGGGGCCCUUCUCGACGGCCCAUUUUCUAAGCCCAAGAAGAAAGUGAGUGAAACAUCAUCGUUCGUGGGAGUAGGGUGGACCACCCACAUCAAUCGCUGCCCGCUCAGCUCAAAUCCCCAUGCCAGCUCGACCAGUUGAGCGUGUGGGAGGUCCCCACCACUUGCGGGAUGACACGACAGAAUGGCGAGGCUACUUGUCCGAC